AUGCGCCAGGCCCGGCUCCGAAGAUGCUUCACCCGGCAUAACCUCGCGCUAACCGCUGCCGUCCUCCUCUUCUUUUGGGCCCUGCUCUCCCUCGGCUCCUCGUCCUCGUCCUCCUCGCCAUACUACGCCGCCCCUGACCCGGCCGACGCGAUCCUGCGGCACGACCUCUCCAAAAUCGCUCACGAAGCCAACGCAAAGUCGUCCUCGUCCUCCCGCAAGGGUGUCGCUCCCGGCCACCACAAGAGCUCAGCCGAUCUCGCCGAAAUCGCGUACCGCGGCGCAUCACACGACUUUCCUAUCCCGGACCCGCAUGCGCGUGCGCGCGACAUGAUUGACGCGUUUGCGGGGUACGCCAACCGGGACCAGUGCCCGGUCUCGUCGCUGCAGCUUCACAGACCGUUCGAGCCUCUUUGUCGCACCAAGGCCGAGCUGCUCACUGCCAUGUCGGACGGUGGCCGAAUCGGCAUGGACGCGCCUUACAUGCCGCGAGGCUGUGACAUGCGCUGGUUCGACCGUGGCGAGAUUUGCGAGAUUCUCUCGCGCUACGACAAGGUGCUCUUUGUCGGCGACUCGAUGAUGCGGCACGCCGUUGGUGCGUUACACGUCUUGAUGCGCGAGGACCUCGGCUUUGGUGGUGUCACGCAGUGGAAUUUCCGACUGGACGAAAAGGAGGCGUGCUUCUGCGACGGACAGUUUGAUACGCUCAAGUGCGGUCUGCAGGGAAUUUUCAACUCGGACGACGUCGCGAAAUUCGAUCUGCAGUCUCUCAAGUGCGACGCGCGCAAGUUGAAUGUGCAGAACCAUGUCAUGACCACCUACCCGCCUUCGUCCGCCGAACUCGCCGGUCUUGGCGACGCGCUCGCGCAGCAGUCCUCCGGCCGACCCGUGGCGCUCAUCUACAGUCAAGGGCACCACAACGACUUGGACGUUUCAGCAACCUCGGGCUGGAUCACGUCGAUCCAGCGCACGAUUUCUGAGCGAAUGAAGCGCGGCGUUGGGCGCGCGCAGCUGUUUGUCACGCCCGGUGCUUCAGGGCCGCAGAUGAUUGACCGAGAUCUGAUCAAGCACGGUGUGCAAGCUCUACAGAAAUUCGAGAUCGGAAUGCGCGAGAUCGGGCACAGCAAGGACCUCGACGUGCUCGGGACGUGGAACGCUACGGUGCAGUCUACGUUGAUUGACGGCAAGCACUCUGGAAUCAAGGGAAACUUGCUGAAGAUCAUGAUGGUGCUUAAUUGGCUAGACAAGGUCACGCCGGUUGAAGCAUCAGCUACGAAGUUUGUGCUUGACGAGUCGCAGCUGCCGCGCCAGGAUCAAACCGACGUGGUUGCGGACGACACUCUUGGUGGAGUUAAUGCGCCGAUCCAAGCUCUUGUGCCGCCAAAGGGAAAGGCGGCGAGCAGCGAGCCGCCAGCGCCGCCUGGUCCACUUUCCGAAGCAGCAGCUGCAGCACCAGCAGCGCCAGAGACUAAGCCAGAACAUGCAGGUCCGGACGAGUCCGACAUUAUGAUUGCAAAGACCGAAGAGCAGAAAUUGAACAGCCACAUCGACAUUGCAGCUGACGCCGAGCACGCCGGCAGCGGAGCGGUGCCAGCUCAGGAGACGAUCGAGAAAGCAAAGGAGCAGGCACACGACGGGUCGUCAUCACCAGUGGCUGGGAAGGCGUCCGAGAGUAAGAUUGACGCAGCAGCAGCGGUUGCAGCUGCUGCUGGUGGCGCAUCACCCGAGGACACUGUGAAGCAGGCCGGAAGUGCGAGUGCGGCGGCACCAAAGGCUGCAAGUGCAAAGAAUGGGGAAGAAAGCACGGGCGGCUCAGCGAGUGACAAAAGCAGCAGCAGCAGCAGCAGCGACAGCAGUCGAGCCAACGCAGCGGGAAUUGCACAAUCAGCACCACAGUCUGGAUCCAGAGAAGCAGCAGCAGCAGGACAAGCGGCAGGAUCGACUUCGAAAACUACGACAAGUGACGAUGCAGCAGCAGCAGCAGCAGCGGGCGUGGGCGCUCCUCCGUCUGCCAAAAAGGAAGGUGCGGCUGAGGCAGCAGCAGCGGCGGCCGCGCAACCACCCGUGAAACCACAACCUUGA